CAAUUAGCAAAAAUAAUAGUAAAAAGAAGUAAUUAACUGGACAAUGAAAGCUAGUGGUUCAAUAAUCCAUCCACGUGGAGUUUUCUUCUCUUUUUUUUGGGAAUGAUCAAUUCGCUGGUAUCUUAUAUAUCUACAGGCUUUCUCUUGGAAUUUAUUUGCAAAAGAACAAGGUGAAGAGAGAAGAGGCGAAAAGCUUGGUAAGAGAGAAAGGGAGAUUUUAAGAUUUGCAAAUGUCUUCAACAGUGGUAUCUUCAGUUUAUGUAGUUUGCAGUGAUGCAGCUGGGAUUGCAGGUAGUAUGCUUUUAUUUUUACCUGUCUCUCAAGCUCCUUUUUCAACUCUCAUAUCAGAACAGAACUCUAAAUCAGUUGAUUUCAAUGAGUUCUUUUCUUUUUCCAGAUGAACUGCAGGGGUUAUUUACACCAACUUUCUUGCUGUGUCUUUCCCAGACCAACAUUUAGGAGAAUUAUCAGAAAUGAAUCGACAGAAAUGGUCUCAGGCAUGCCUUACAUAUAUGCUCUCUUGAACUGCUUGAUAUGUCUCUGGUAUGGCAUGCCCCUUGUAUCUCCUGGUAUUAUCCUGGUGGCAACGGUCAAUUCCGUUGGAGCAAUUUUCCAAUUGAUAUAUAUAAGCGUUUUUGUUGUAUAUGCUGAAAAGCCAAUGAAGUUGAAGAUGAUGGGGCUCUUGAUAUCGGUUUUUGCAACAUUUGCUUCCAUAGUUUUCGUGAGUAUGCGAUUCUUGGACUCUCCGUCACGGCAACUUUUCGUCGGUUACUUAAGUGUCGCAUCUCUGAUUUCCAUGUUUGCUUCUCCUCUAAUUAUAAUCAAACUGGUGAUCAAAACCAGAAGCGUUGAGUACAUGCCGUUCUCACUUUCUCUUGCAACGUUCUUGAUGAGUCUGGCUUUCUUUGUGUAUGGAAUGUUCAAGCAUGAUGCUUUCAUCUAUAUUCCAAAUGGAAUUGGAACAGGUUUGGGGACUCUCCAAUUGGCCUUGUAUGCCUAUUUUAACGAUGCUUCCCAGGAGGAGUUGAAGCAUCCCCUCAUAGAUCCUUGAAACGGGGAUCAGCUUGUGCAUAUAAUAUUAUAUAUAUUCUUUGCCACUCGGUUGCUUUCCCAGAUAGUUUGGCUUAGAAAGUUUUUUACUUUCCCUUUUCUUUUAUCCUUUUUUCUCAUAUCGGAUAGAGGAAGGGCGAUACAGGACUCAAACUUUAGUCUAUAAGAACAAUAACAUUGUCACUUCAAUUA